UUAAACCUGAAAAAGUUCAAUGUAAUUUAGUUCAAAUAAAUAAUCAAUUGCAAAAAUUUUGGGAGUUAGAAGAAUUGACUGACUUACCAAAUAUCAUGUCGAAUGAUGAUCGUUAUUGUGAGAAGUUAUUUACAGAGACUACUAAACGUGACGAGUUUGGUAGAUUUUUCGUUCGUAUUCCUUUAAAGGAGUCACCCGAAUUGUUAGGGGACUCGUACACUAUGGCAAAAAAUCGUUUUUUAUGCCUGGAAAGAAAGUUAGAUCGUUUACCUAACUAUAAAAAGCUUUAUUUUGAAUUUAUGCGGGAAUAUGAGGCACUCGGUCAUAUGACUCCAGUUGCAUCAAAGGAUAUCCCGGAUAUACUAAGUAAACCGCAUUAUAUCUUGCCUCAUCAUGGUGUUUACCGAGAGGAUAGUGUCACUACUAAAUUGCGUGUUGUGUUCGACGCGAGCGCGAAUACGUCUAAUAAUAAAUCAUUAAAUAAUAUACAACAUGUAGGUCCACCGUUACAAAAUGAUAUUUUUAUUCCCAGGUUAGAGCUAUGCGGAGCUUUAAUAGGUGCGAAAUUGUAUUGUAAAAUAAAAAAGUCUUUAUGUUUAAAUUUUAAUAAGGUUUAUUUUUGGACUGACUCAACAAUCGUGCUGGGGUGGCUUCGUAUGUCACCUCAUCUACUAAAAACGUUUGUACAAAAUAGAGUCGUCGAAAUUAAUGAAUUGACCGGUGAUACCAUCUGGCGGCAUGUUAAGGGCACGGAAAAUUCAGCUGAUAUCAUAACGAGAGGUUCUACAUUAGACACAUUAAAGUAUGAUAAUAAUAAUAACUGGUGGUGUGGCUCUACGUUUUUACGAGAACCUGUGGCUAAGUGGCCAAUUUUUAAUACUAAUAUUGAAUCGUUAUCUAUUGAUUUACCCGAAACUAAGCCUGAUACAAUUAAUUUACAUUCCAUUCAAAUUACUUCAUUGAUUGAUUUUGAACGAUUUUCGUCAUUUAUUCGUUUGCAAAGAAGUUGUGCAUAUUUAUUGCGUUUUAUAAAUAACGCGCGAGUAAAUACGCGCGGCAGUAUAGGUUCGCGUUUAACCGGUCCGUUAUCAGUAGACGAGCUGCAGCGGUCGCUCGAUGCAUUGACGCGGCUCGUUCAACAAGAAUGUUUUAGUGAGCAAUAUCAUGAGUUAAAAAAUAAAAUACCGUUGAAUAGUAAUAAAAAUAACAAUAAAACUAAUAAAUUAUUAUAUAAACAAAUAUCAGGCUUAAAUAUAUUUUUAGAUAAGUUUAAUAUAAUUCGUAUAGGUGGAAGGUUAUCUAACGCGGUUGGAUUUAAUUAUGAAAAGAAACACCCGGUAUUGUUAAGUAAUAAACAUCGUUUCUCGAGGUUAUUGUGUGAAUAUGAACACAAACGACUCCUUCACGCUGGACCUCAACUUUUAGUGUAUUCUAUGCGUGAAAAGUGGUGGAUUUUAGGAGCUCGUAAUUUGGCUAGACAGGUAGUACAUAACUGUGUCAUAUGUAAACGAAUGAAAGGGAGAACGUUGACUCCUCUCAUGGGUAACUUACCUACUGAGCGACUGGAGCCCAGCUUCCCAUUCAUACAGUGUGGAGUUGACUAUGGGGGCCCAUUGUUCAUACUGGAUCGCAAAGGCAGAGGUGCUAAAUUAAUUAAAGCAUAUAUUUGUCUAUUUAUAUGUUUUACGACUAGAGCAAUACAUUUAGAAUUAGUAGGUAGCUUGAGCACGCAGGAUUAUAUUUUAGCAUUAAAUCGUUUUAUAGCACGACGCGGAAAGCCGUACCAAAUAUUUUCAGACAACGGGAAAAAUUUUGUGGGUGCUGAAAAAGAAUUGGCAGCAAUUUUUAAUAAAACUAAAGAUAUUUCUGAUUUUCUAACUAAUAACCAAAUUCGUUUAACAUUCAUACCCCCCUAUAGUCCUCAUUUUGGUGGGUUAUGGGAGGCAGGAGUCAAGUCCUGCAAGUACCAUUUGAGACGCGUACUCGGUAAUGCUAAAUUAACACGCGAGGAGUUUGAAACAGUAUUAACGCAAAUAGAAGCUGUUCUGAACUCCCGCCCUUUAUCCCCUCUGUCCUCAGAUUCUGACGAUUUCCUCCCACUCACUCCAGCACACUUCCUGAUCGGUCGACCGCUGACUGCGCCUGCCUGCGAGAACCUCACGACGAUCGAGCCUACGAGACUGGGACGCUACGAACGUGUGGAGCAAAUUAGACAACACUUUUGGCAACGAUGGUCUAAAGAAUAUGUUUCAGAGCUCCAGCAACGAACAAAAUGGAAGGACAACAAUGAGGACAUCACACCUAAUAUCUUGGUCCUUAUCAAAGAGGAUAAUACUCCACCACUCAACUGGAAAUUGGGACGAGUAACAGAAGUAUUCCCCGGGACUGAUGGAGUAUCCCGUGUAGCUGAAAUACGUACAGCGCACGGUAUUAUACGACGGUCUUUCUCGAAGAUCUGCCCGCUGCCUGUACAACUGUGAAGACGAAUAUGUUGGAAGAUCCUGGUUCUUCCAAGGCGGCCGGUAUGUUCAAUAAUAUAUCAUCCGAUGGUCGAUAACGCCAUCUAGCGAAAGAGUGGCGUAACGGAAGCAGUGACGUGAACCCCGCGCAGUUUGCAGCAGCGUGACGUCGACACCCGCAUCGCCGCGCCGCAUCUGGGGCAACUUCACU